AUGAAAUUUGGCAAAAAUUUAGAUUGUUCAUGUGAACAAAUCUCCAUUCCGUAUGAACAACAAGCACAGAGAACAAUUGAAGAUCAGUUAGAAGAACUCGAUUCCAAGCAAUUAAUCACCAAUAAACUUCUCGAAACACUUUCAUUUGAUAUUCAAGUCAAUGGCCUUCGUCAACACAUACAACCGAAGAAUCUUUUCAUUAUUCGAGAACUUAUUACGAUUAAAUCAAUCGCGAUUAAUAUGGAACUGUUCUUGUGCAACUGA